UGUAUGAUAUAUUCAAAUAAUGGGUUCAAGGGCACAGGGAAAUCUUGCAUUCUGGCAAUAUCCUCCUGUAUGUUCUUGAAGUGGGGCUUCUUUUGUUUUUUCCCCCCUCCCUCUGGUGCCUGGUGGUUCUAAUAGCCGUCUGGCUCGCUCUGGUGUUUUGUAAUCUCUGGCCUGGAUUUCUAGGAAGCAGCAAGUAAACUUGCACUGUAGAAUCCUGCUUGCUAAUUGCCUAGUGUGACUGACAGGCAGUUGACGUCAGUGAGGGGCCGCCUCCAGACACAUCUGCUAUGCUGUAGUUGCACACCCAACAAUCAGAGCUUGCUGUCUGCUGGACGGACCAAAGUGUAACACUGAAUGGUCUGCUUGAAAUAAACCAAAAGGAGCCACUGGUGGAAUGAAUCGUAGACCACCUUCUGACUUGUGUUGUAUCCAAACUGAACUCGGAUGUCCAUUCCACUUUGACGCAUUUGCUAUCUGAAAUCAAAACGCCAAUGUAUUUAUCUUCAUCUCUGUGGACAUGAAUUCUACAGAAAAAUAGUUACGCUCAUUGGCCUGGAACUUAACCUGCUUUGGCAUUCUGAGAUGGAUACCAGUGAAGAGCUUCCAAGAAAAGUUUUUAAGGCCAGAAAAACUAUGCGCACAAGUGACCGUCAGCAGUUAGAAGUCGUCUAUAAAAGCAAAGAGGAGCUUUUAAAAUCAAAUGACGAAAACAAAACUAAAUUGUGUAAUGGUAGACAUGAAAAUGGAGAUUCUGACGGCAAAAUAUCUCUAAAUACCAACUGCAUGGAUGAUACAGACAUUGAUAGCAUUAAUGAUGUGAGGCUGGGUCCAGAAGAACUACAGGGCAACUCCAUUGAUGAGACACCUGAACCGAGUCCUGCUGAAAAAUGUCCAAAUGAUGAUAAGGAUUUGAGACCCCAAGAUGAAAAAAAUGACUCAACCCCCCCGGCUGCUGAAGAUGAACAAACGUCUAUUGAGAAUGCAGAAAACCAAAAUUUGAUGGAUAAUGAGAGCACAGGAGAUGUUGCAGUGAAUUCAGAGAUUGUUGUGUUGAAGGAGGAUUCUCUAAUUGCAGUUAAAUCAUGUACUGAACCCCAGAGCCUUUUAGAAGAAGGGAAACCACCUUCUGUGGACAAAAACAGGGAUCACGAUGAUGUACCAGAUGAAAAUAGCCUUAAGUUAAAGUCUCCUUCUUCCUCUGUGAGAGAAAAGGAAGACCAUGAAAGUUCAAUGGAUAUUAGUGAAGAGGCAAUAUCAAGUAGCAUAGAAUCAGUGCAGGAGAAAAAUGAUGGUGAAAGCUCUAAGAUGGAGUGUGCAGAGACCGAAAAUGAAAAUGCAGUAAAAGACACAGCAGGUGAGUGCAGAUCAUUUGGGAAUUGCAUACUGGAAAUCGAAGAAAUAAUUCCUAUUUUGGAGAAAUUGGCCCCAGAGAAGGAAAGCGAAUUAUCCAACAAGCAAGAAGUUGUUCCUGAAGUGGAAUCCCCAACACCAAAGGACAUUCCAGUGCAAGAAGAACAAAUGGACACUUUUCUCAGUAGUUCUCCAACAAAAGAGGAAUGUAAUGGCAGCUUGCCGGAAGAGGCAUUUCUUGUCUUAUCAGAUGAGGAUGAGCCAGUAAUUGAGAUGCAAAGAGAAAGUGAAGAGCUGGUACCAAAAAAUGAUAGUCCUCCAGAUAUAGCCCACAAAGAGGAAGCAGUUGACACGAUACAAAAGCAGCAAGAACCAAAUGUAGUAGUGCCACGAAAAAGGUCCAGGUCUGAAGACAUGGACAGUAGUAUAUCGAAGCGGUGUCGAUAUUCUGGAGAUGAAUAUGAAGCAGCCUUAAAAGUGAAGAUCACUGCUCGAGGCGAGAUUCGCGAGACACUGGAGAAGAUCGUUCAGCAAAUUAUUGAAGAGCGGAUAAGCUCCAUGCAAAGUGGUGUUUUCGACAAGAAACUGGCAGAGCUGAAAAACAGAGUAGAAAAGAUAGAAUGCAACACAAGGCAUGAAUCUUUAAUCAAUGGCUUACAGGCAAAGCUAAUGCAGAUAGAGAAAAGGCUGGGGUCAGCAAAUCAAGCUCGAAAUGAUUCCAUCCUGAAAAAGGCACAAGAGAAUAUUUCCGUCUCCAUACCUCAACAAUCAUCUGGAGCCCAGACUACUCAACCCAAUUCUCCCAGCAAAUCCUGCAACCCCCCUGUUAGUGUUUCUAGCACCGUGCAGUGUCGUAGUGGAACAGUAAGGCAGAUGUUGGAUUUAAGAAGAAAUAUUGCUGAUAGCACAGUAUCAGGCCAGCCAUCUGCAAACACAAAUAAUACAGGUAUUGUCACAAACCUCACACCACCUCAGGUAGUUGGCGGACAAACGAAACCUCCGAAUACAGGGUCAUCUGGUGCUGUGGUUACUCCUGUGCUCCCAGCAACUGCAGCGGUGGCAGGAACCAAUCAGUCGGUGCCAGCCUCUGGCAGUAACCAGCCUAUUCCAGUAUCUCUACAGUCAGUGCCAGUAUUACUUACGGUUCCGGUGGCAAUGUCUUCCCAACCUCAACUUCUACAGGCCUCAACAAACAACUUGAUGACCAACCAGCAACCCGGACUUGAGUUUCUAUCUGUUCAAUCCCAACCUACGCUUAACAUCCUCCCAAAACCACUUGCACCACAAAUGCCGAAUGUAACAAAAGCAAAUGGUGCUAGUACUUCUUUGCCAAGCCCGGGAGUGCAGAGGAAGUCUCCUGCAACUAUGGGAUCAGUGCAGAUAAGUAAUGCUAUUUCCAAUCAGACUGCUUCAGUGAUUAGUUCCCAGACUGUUCUUUCACCGGUUUCACAAAUUUCCCGGACGUCACAGCAAUCUUUGAAUUCUCCAGGUCAUUUUAGCCCUUCAAAUACUACUAGGCCUGGAUUACCACCAAGGCCAUCACAGACUUACGGCCAAGGACUAGUUUCUGUGUCAUCAGGUCAACCAUUAACAUCCAGCUCAGAUGCCACCAAUAUAGGACCAUCCAGAACAGAAAGUAGCCUCAGUCAGGGCACCCAGAGACUUUCUACAGCAGUUCCUGGAGAAUCGCCAGCCAUUAAGAAAACUUCUCCUAGUGGCAACCAGAAUGGAAAGACAGGAGGAAGUGACACGGGAGCCGUCAUUGACCUGACAGGUGAUGAUGAAGAUGAAAUGUCUGCACAAGGUUCCAAGAAACCCAAUCAGCCUGUAAGCCAAGCAACGAGCCAGGUUCUGGUAUCCUCGCCCACCAUCCAGACCCAGGUUCGACCUCCUGCAGCCCCCCAGGGGAUGUCUCCACAGCAGACCACCACACAGUCCCACUUACCGACAACCCAGACCAGCCCCAGUACGAUCGCGUUAACUGUGCAGACGGCCAGUGUGCAAAGCAUGUCUGCAGGUAGAGUAUUGACAGGGCAAACGAGUGUUAACAUAUUGCAGCUCCAACGUCCUCAGAUGCCGCCACCCCCUUCACAGAAUCCGGUCAGACUGCCACUUCCUGCUCUCCAAAGGGGAAGCACCAAUCCAGCGGUUUACACAGCGCCCCCCGCAUACCCAAGUCAUACUGCAGUGCGUGCAGUGACAACGCAGAGCCAAGCAAUGCGCCAGCCCAGUCCUCAGCCCCCUGUCACUGCAGGAAUGUCAAUUCGGCUGCCUCAAACCUCGUACAUUGUCAACAAUGUGAUCUCCAUCCCAAUGAUGCCGAAUAUGCCUCAGUUCACGGUACAUCACCGCCCCUCACAGCAGGAGCCACCACGACCCAUCCACCCGGCGCCGCUCCCUGAAGCCCAGGCACCACAGCGGCUACCUCCCGAGGCAGCCAACACCUCCCCGCCCCAGAAGCCCCAACUGAAGUUGGCCCGUGUCCAGAGCCAAAACGGAAUUGUCUUGUCCUGGAGUGUCUCUGAAGUGGACCGCACUUGCGUGCCUGUGGACAGUUAUCAUCUCUAUGCCUACCACGAAGACCCUGCCGCCACCACCACGCCAUCUCAGUGGAAGAAAAUCGGAGAAGUGAAGGCGCUGCCCCUUCCCAUGGCCUGCACUCUCACUCAGUUUGUGUCAGGAAGCAAGUAUUACUUCGCAGUCCGAGCGAAGGACAUUUACGGCCGAUAUGGACCUUUUUGUGACCCACAGUCGACUGAUGUGAUGUCGACUCAGGGUAAUUAAUACAUAAAAAAUCAAAACGGACAGAAAAAUCCCAAGAUAUUUUUUCAUUUCUUUUCUUACAUCAUGCAUGACGUGUUGUAGUUUUUCUAUAGAUGUCUCAGACUCAGUUAGUACCUGUGUACACUACACUGUAUAUAUAUAUAAGAGGGUCAUGAUAUAAAUGAGGCAGCACAAUAAAUACAGGAUAUUGCGUCGAAAUGUGCUGCUUACCUCCGCAAAGAAAAGUUGCAUUUCUUUUCACGGCAGACUCACUGUGACUGAAGAUGUUGGACUCUAAGAGUAAUUACUGAGGCAGCAGCAACAAUGGGAUAUUCUGCUUAUUCUAUGAUCCUUAAUCGGUCGAAGAAAAUUUAAAGAGAAACAUUCCUAAAUGUGACAUGAUGCGGACUGUUAAAGUGAUAACCCAUACUUGUAUUAACUCUGUUCUUUUUAUUUUUAUAAUUGUUUUCACUGCAGUUCCAACAAUCGUUUGGAAAAGCAGUGAAAAUUGAUCAGCAGUGACCAUAGGAUAAUUGGAUUUAUUGCAUUGUCUGAAAUACUCCCAAAAUAAAUACAUCUUGCAAUAGACUGCAUACUUGAUUUUUCAAGGCAUUGUGACUGACUGAGCCUCAACAAAGUCAGACCCAUCCCCAUUCUUAAUUUUUCCAGUAAGAUAAUUGAAACAGUGUAAAACUUUGAUCUGUGUUGCUUCACUCUGUUUUGGUGGGAAGGGUUUUGGCACGACAGGGUGGUGAAUAAAAGCAGAUUCUAUGUUUUUUUGCCAAAUGCCUGUGUUAGAAGUGUUUUCAGAGCAAUCUGUUAGUUCAGAAGAUGCAGAUAAGAUUCUCAAAUAUAUUUUUAAUCAGUGUGAAAAAAGUACUUAUGUGUUCACUGGAUGGUGAGUCUUUGAGAGAACCUUUUUUUCAUCAGUACCACUUUUCUGGUCUAAUGAAUUUUUUAAAAAGAUAUAAAUAUAUAUAUAUGUAUAUGUCAAUCUCAAACCCGCUCUCCCAUUAAAGCCACUAUGUUGUAUAUAUUCUUCCUUGCAAGCAUCAGAUCUUUCCUUCCUAACUUGACUAAAUCGGCAAGCACAAAUUUUAAAAGUCCUGCCAUCCCUGGAAGAGUUACAAUGUCCUUUGAUGGGGCAGUGCAGACUAAGUAGUGUGAGCAAAGAAAUGGUGCUUAUGUCAGCGAUUUUUGUUUUUUUCCAAAUUCUUACCAGAUACCUUUCUUCCCAUUUACUGGUAACUCAUUGAAGCAGUAUCCAUCCCAUCAGUUUUGAUGAAUUUCCUGCCUUGCUGCUGAGUUUGUGCCUUUUUUUUUUUGUUGUUUAAACCUGCCCAUACCAUUUACCCCCCCCCCCCCCCCCCCCCCCCCCCCCCCCCCCCCCCUACAAUUCACAAGCACUGUGACACAUGGCAAAGGGAACUGUUAAAGACUUGUCAGCCCAACUCCAUCAGUGAAUGUAUGGUCUCUUGUAUGGUGACGUUCACUGGUAUAAUGCAAGCAGGCUUGCUUGAUUUCUGGGCAAUGCAAGAGAUCAGCCAUGUAAUUCACAAUACAGUACCCAACAAAGAUGCACUGCAUUGGAAAGUGAUUAUUGUAAGUCAUUAAUUAAUAAUGUUAAAUAUUUUGCAUUCAUUUCGUAGCAGCAAGAUUCUUUGAAUUGAAAAUCAUAGCUGAUAAUUUGAGCCGUCUCGUAGCUACCCUCUCCUUAGAAAACAAGUGUCCGGCCAAUGGUAUCAUCUGAAAAAUUGCUGCUGUUUGUGUGUGUGUAUGUGGAAAUGAUGUACUCCAAUCAGUGUUUUUUAACUAUGCCUCUGAAUGUGAUCAGAACCUAAUAUGCACCCUGACAGUUUUUUUUUGCAACACACGAAAAGGAAUCUUCAAAAUGCCAAAUAGGUUGUCGCGACAUGUACCAUAUACAAAAUUAGAUGACAUCAUGCACAAAAUAAUGACUUAUUUUGAGGGCUGUACUAUUUCAUUCGAAUAUCAUGAGAACAGCAAAUAGCAAGGCCACUCAUCCAUUCUCCUGGUGACACAUUGAGUAUUGAUUGAGGAAAAUAUUCCCCAGAUUUGGAGGUGAUCGGAGCAAGUUAUAGUUUGCCGUGUAGUGUCCAGGUGGACAAGGAGUUGUGGUAGUUGGGGAAAGGUCUUCCAACAAGUGGCGGAAUGGCAGAAGGAGUUGUCCAUUCAGGCGUAAGGCAUCUUCUUUGAAGGAGCGCUGUAAGGUGCAGUAUUAUUAAUUGACGAACCCAAGAGUCUUUGACAUUGUAUCUCAUUCUCCACUUUGUUAACAGAUUAUCAUGGUGGCGCAUCGGUAGAGCUGCUGCCUCACAGCGCCAGAGACCCCAGUUCGAUCCUGGUUAUGGAUGCAGCCUGGGUGGAGUUUGCACGUUCUCCCUGUGACCGCGUGGGUUUUCUACGGGUGCUCCGGUUUCCUCCCACAUUCCAAAGACAUGCAGUUUUUGCACGUAAAUUUGCAGUAGGUUAAUUGGCUUCUGUAAAUUGCCCAUAUUGUGUAGGAUGCAAAAGUGGGAUAACACAGAACUAGUGUACGGGUGAUCGAUAGUCGUUUCGGACUCUUUGGGACAAAGGGGCCUGCUUCUACGUUGUAUCUCUAAGCUAAAUUAAAUGCAGCAUCAGAGAUGCUGAGAUUAGCCUUUAUUCCGAGGUCCAGGAGAGAAAUAUCGGGGGGGUGGCGAAGGAGGAAAAUGGAGCUAUCCCAUGACCUCCCCAUUAGUUUUGGGUGCGUGCACGUGUCCUGUGGGGAUGUGUUGAAUGAGGAUUUCUCCCAGUUGUAUACAAUGACCGCGUCACAGGGGAUGAUACCCAUGAAUCUUCCACAAAUUUGGAAAGGAAUGUAGCAAAAUGGAGCGUUCUUCCAGAGUGAAGUUUUCUGUUUUGUCUGACUGGAUUUUUACCUGAUUUGGAUUUUAUGAAUACAAAUGUAGUUUCCCUAAUCAAACUACUGAAACCUGCUUGUGACGUUGCAGUUGCAAGACUAAUACUCCUUUCUACCUUGCAUGCUGAAUAUGUAAUGGGUAUGGGCAUACCUGAAGACCAAAUUAUACAUUCUAUUCUCAAUAGAUUUGUCCCAGAAUACUUCAAUCCCAGCCAGUGUGUGCACAUUGUCUAAGUACAUUUCAUUGUUUUAAUUGUAAAUUACAGGUCCAGACUUUAAAUAUAUCUUUUGACUUUGAAAUCUCUGGAAAUGAAUAAAUUCCAUGUGAGGUUCCUAGUGGUAGAAAUUGUUGUGGAAUAGUACCAGCACUUAUAAUGUGCUGCUGCUGAUUGCUUAAUUGAUCAAGGAAGAUGUAUCUUGUAGAUUAGAGUUGCACAAUUGUGCUAUUUCCCUCAAUGACUAAACCCAGAGACAACAGAACUGCCAUUGAUUUAAUGCACCAGAUUUCUUACCAAGGAUGGCUAUAGGGUUUUCUAAUCUUCGGUACUAAAGGGAGAGUGGAACGGCAUGACCCAUAUCCCUGUAGACAUUACUGGACUGUAAUAUUGAAUGUAUUUGAAGGGAUAUUAGUUUUUAAUUGAUCGUUCCCAUUGCAUAUUUGCAUGUGCCAAACCCAAGAAUUGCAGUAAAAUGUUAUGGAUGCAUUGUACUUCAAAGCCAGAGGAACAAGGCUGAAGUCUCCACAACUUGAAUAAUAGAAUAUGGCUAUUACCUAGCCGCCUUUUAGCAUCCUUCUAGAAUCAAUAGCAAAUUUAUUUUUGAUCUCUGUGAACUUGCAGAGUGCCUCUCCAGAGGAACUGACGAACCUCAUGGCUGGCUCACACAUUAAGUCUGGCUCACACAGAGCCAGCCCAUUCUUACCCAUAGGUUCUUGUAUUACUACGGUGCUGAACCAGAGGUCCAUACUUCAUGUUACACUUUUCAUUCCUGUGGGUCGGGCACAUCACUAACUGCACCUAUCAUUUCCCAACAUGGAAAAUGCCUGGCUCCUAAGUGCUGAUGUAGCAAGGAUGGAAUAUACUAAAGAGUUGCAAAUUAGGUUGCAAAUGUUUUGUUAAUUCAGAAUAUUGUAAAUUAAGUGGUCUGUACUUUUCUUAUUCUACUUUAUAAUCAGCAUUGGAAAUUGCUGAAUCUUUUUGCAAAUGUUAUGUGAAGUGUAUUUAAAAUGCAAAAGAUAUUAAAAUACUCAAAAGGGUUAAAUACUAA